AUGUUCAAGAAUUGUAUUCCACUCUUGCUGUUCUUCACAGCCUGUGUGGCCUUAACCUCUGGGGCUAAAAUCAGUUCAGGGGAGGCCUUAACGCGCAAUGCGGUACUAACUGGAAUUCAGCCACGCUUCAUUGGCUGGAAUAGACGUGGGAAUGAUAAUCAGCAGCCGCCCAUUAUUAUUGUGCAACCCAACCAAAAUAGUGACAGGCACCAGCAUAGUCCUUCCUACUGGCCUGACUACUAUCCUUAUCCAGGAGUGGCACCACCACGCCGUCCACCUUUCCAGUUUCCUGGACUUGGUGAAUAUCUGAACGGUAGCGGAUCGAUCGUCAUUGUUAACCCUAACAAUGCACAGAAUUUGAGUUUCCAAGGUGCUGCUCCAGCUGCCACUGAUGCUGGCGCAGGCGGAGGCGGACGCAGAAGCGCACCCCGAAACAUUGGCUAUCGUCACAAUGUGAUUCCCGUUGUUGAGUUACUGCAAGGCAGCAUUGCGGAUGAAAAUUUCGAUGAGAUCAAUUUACCGAGCUAUGAGCCGGAGGCAGCAGGCGCAACUGCAGCAAUUGCCAAACCGGCACCGGCACUGGCACCGGCACCGGCUCCAUAUGACGGCGAUGAGUAUCCAUUUGACGGCAUUGCAUCCGAUGAUGAGCUGGCCCUGCUGGAGCGACAGGCUAGUCGAGGCCUGAGCACCAAAAAUUUGCUGUCAUUUUUGAUACAGGACAAGCGACGAAGGCGCUUCCAGGAGGCAAUCGCCGGUAUCUACUUGAAGAACUACAAUCAGAAUCGAAAGUGA